AUGGCAGAUGGACCAGCACCACUGCUGCCGCUGGCUGGGACAGUUCAAACAGAAAAAGGUUGCUCUGUGAUACAACUUGAUGUCAAGGGUCUGCUGGGCUCCCUCAGCACAUGUAAACUGCUAGGUAAUAUUUGUGUUGGCAACCAGCUCGCAUACUUUACAGAAACAGACCUCUUCCUGACCCUCCGUGCGGCUCCCACCCGCGUGGUCCGUAAGUCCAUCGCCAGGGUGCUGACCGUCAUCAACCAGACCCAGAAGGAGAACCUGAGGAAGCUCUACAAGGGCAAGAAGUACAAGCCUCUCGAUCUGCGGCCCAAGAAGACUCGUGCCAUGCGACGCAGACUGAAUAAGCACGAAGAAAACUUGAAGACCAAAAAACAACUGCGAAAAGAACGCCUGUACCCUCUCCGGAAAUACGCCAUCAAGGCGUAAAACUGUAGUGUACUAAAAGUUCUUAUACUAGCUGAGUAUUUCUCAUUAAAUACAACUUGGUUUGGAA